AAGGGUUAUAUAUUGAUGUCCUAGAGCGGAUGUCGAAAGCAGCAUCUUCGAGGUAGAAAAUAAUUUUCGUUUUACCUCUGCUGGAUUUUUUUUUUUUUGGCUUCGGCUUUCCUCAUAUAUUCCAUCUGUCAUGGAGGCUUUUAUUAUGGAGCAUUAGGAUGUAGCCCACCAGCCAAACAAAGACUGCAUACUGACAGUUGAGGGGCAGCUGCAUCGCCUUUUAUUUCUGGGUUUUUCAUCCUUAUAUUUUUGACUAGAAGAUGGGAAACAGAGGCGCAUCGAGGCUGUUGUCUGGGUGGACUAAUUGUCCUGGUGCCACUGGCCGCUGCGCACGCCAAGACCUUUUAUUAUUUUAUUCCUCCUUAACUGUGGCGGGUGGCUUAUUCUAAACAUUUGGGAUUCCUGACAUCAAUUGGACAUAUAUGAUCAGAGAAAAACAGAUGCCUUCCCAUCGAUGUGAUGCAACAUAAAAUCUGUUUUCUCGGAUGAUAUUCAAAUGAACACAUCCCUCCCUCUCCCUGUAAAAAAGGGUGGUGGAUUUUUUUUUCUUCUUCUUUUUAUUAUCAUUCUUAUAUUUUUUAACACAUCUCUCUCUCUCAUGCUGGAUUAUUUGAUCAGCUGUUGAUGAUCAAUGCUAUUUGACAGCAUCUCCUGUUUCAUGUUUAUUCCAUGUUUUUUUUGGAUGGAUUUAUGCAUAACAGGUGUUGUUUGAGGCUGAGAGCGCAUCAAGAGCAUGAAGCUUUAUUAUGUGUCUUUCUCUCGAUUUAACGAGCAGUGAAACAAAGCGACCGGGAUCCUUUUUUCUUUUGCCGUGAAAUAAGAGAAGACUAAAAAAUAGGAGGAAAAGAAUGAGGGGAAUGAAAGGCGGUGAGGCCGUGGACAAAGAAGAGAAAUGAUUCUGUCGAGUAGAAAAGAUCCGCUCGGCCUCUCCUUGUAGAGAUCAGCGGAGACGACGACGGAGGCGGCAGGAGGAAAAUAGCUGUUCUUUUAAGGGCCCAGAUCAGGCAGGCUCUCUUGGAGGGCGAUAGAAUGGCUAACCAGAGCUUUGCCAUUGAUGGCCCUGGCAGUUUACUGGCUGUGCUAGCUUCCCAGAGUGGACUGGCGAAGGGAGGCAGCAGUAGCAGCAGCAAUGAUGGCAGCAGCAACAGCGGGGGAAUCACUGCCACAGAUGUGUCUGCCUACUUUAAGCUGGUCUUCUUGGGGUUGAUCAUCUGUGUCAGCCUCGUAGGCAACCUCUUGGUUUCUAUGCUGGUGCUGCGGGAUAGGACACUCCACAAGGCCCCUUACUUCUUUCUCCUGGACCUGUGCCUGGCUGAUGCAGUCCGCUCCGCUGCUUGCUUCCCCUUUGUGCUGGUGUCUGUCCACAACAGCUCGGCCUGGACUUACAGCGCCUUGAGUUGUAAAGUCGUUGCUUUUAUGGCUGUUCUGUUUUGUUUUCACGCUGCCUUCAUGCUGUUUUGUGUGGCCGUCACCCGGUACCUUGCCAUCGCCCACCACCGCUUCUAUGCCAAACGCAUGACCAUCUGGACCUGUGCCGCCAUCAUUUGCAUGGUGUGGACCCUGGCCGUCGCUAUGGCAUUUCCUCCUGUCUUUGAUGUGGGAACUUACAAGUUCAUCCGUGAUGAAGAUCAGUGCAUUUUUGAACACCGCUACUUGAAGACCAACGACACCCUGGGUUUCAUGUUGAUGCUGGCCGUUGUGGUCUUGGCCACUCAUGGCUUCUAUGCCAAACUCCUGCUGUUUGAAUACAGACACCGCAAGAUGAAACCAGUCCAACUGGUACCAGCAAUCAGCCAGAACUGGACCUUUCAUGGUCCUGGGGCAACAGGCCAAGCAGCAGCCAACUGGAUUGCAGGUUUUGGUCGGGGUCCAAUGCCACCGACUCUGUUGGGCAUCAGGCAGAAUUUACACAAUCAGCACCGGCGACUGCUCGGAAUGGAGGAGGUGCGUUCUGAGAGGAGGCUCGGCAGGAUGUUCUACACCAUCACCCUGCUUUUCUUAGUCCUCUGGGCACCCUACAUUGUGGCCUGCUUCUGGAGAGUGUUUGUCAAGUCUUGCGCCAUCCCUCACAGGUACCUUUCGAUCACAGUGUGGAUGAGCUUCGCCCAGGCUGGCGUCAACCCCAUCUUCUGUCUCCUGCUCAACGAGGAUCUAAGAAAAGUGCUGCGAGCCCAUCUGCCCACUUACUGGAGGACUAAACAACACCUGCCCCAGGAUGAGGCCUACUGCAUCAUGUGAGACCAAAUUAGGGUUCAUUCAAGGAAUGUUUCAGGUUUCAAAGCAAAUUUUAGAGAGCAGUAGGGUUUUAGUCCACUUGCUCUAAAUGUGGGUGUCCGAUUUGUUGUUUUGCACAACAAAAUCCAAAUGUUGCUACCAAAUUCAGGCAGGAUGCCAAUGUUUGAAGAAUGUAUAUGUUUGAAUAAGCCAGUGAGGUGAAAAAAGUCUGGACAGGUGGCACAGAAAAACCCCUGGUAACACUUUGGCGAUGGGUACCUCUGAUGUACUGUAUCAAAUGAUAGAUUGGAAAGAUCCCAACAAUCACUACUCCAAUUAGGUGUGACAGAUGCCAUUUUCAAAAUAAUGUUGCCUUAUUUCAGACGGACACAGCCCAGAGCUUUCUACUGAGAACUAGUUUGUGUCACAUUAGACCCUUAAUUGAUAAAAAAAAAAUCAAAACCUUGAAGAAAUGUGCCGUGGACUGUGAACAGAAAGUGUUGAUCAGAGAAUUGCAAAACUCUGAAACACAUCAAAGAACUCAAAGGGGUCUGAAUGGAGCGAUAGACCCCUCUGGACGCCUUUUCAAGUUAUUCAAAGGAGACACCCGAAUAUUAAGCAGAGCCAAUACCUUUGGACACAUUUAAAUAGCUGUUGUGAACGCAGAAGCCCCCCAAACAUGCUUGAUUUUUUUGGACUUAGGGCGUGUCAGGUUUCUUUGUAUCAUACAAUGAAGAAAAAAAAUUGCCUGUUUUGCUUUAUUUGUAAACAAUACAUGUUGAAGCAGAUGACACUAUUUUGAAAUAUGACUUGAUUUCUUAUUGUAUAGACUGUACAGGAAUGUAGAUUCCUGCUUGCGUGUUUUUCUAUAGCAUUUGUGUGUGGGUGGGUGUAUGUGUAUGUGUGCGUGUGAGAGCAAAAAAGGUAGAGAGGCUGGAAGGGAGAGAGAGAGGCAGAAUGAGACUGACAGGAGUAAUGAUGAUAGAAUAGGUUUCAGUAAUACUGAGUCAAAAUGAAAGCAGCCACACUCAAAAUCCUGCAAAAAUUCAGCCGCCAUCAUAUGGAAAUUUAUCCUUUAAAUGGAUUUCUGCAACUGAAAAUGUGGUAUGAUUUUUUUAUUUAAAGCUAAUGUGCAAAAAAAAGUGACAUACUGGGGGUUAAGAUUUAAAAAAGGGGGGAGGGGCAGAUUUUCAUUUUGAACACUUGUAUAUUACAAACAGGGCGUAAGAUUUAAUGGCGACUUCAGUGAUGUAUUUAUAUUACAUCUGUUUAAAAAAUAAUAGAAGAUGUAUAUUUAUUUGCAAACGAUGGUCUUGGGAAUGUUUUAAAGUACUGUACUGUUACUGUAUGCUUUCACCAGAAUACAACACAAAAGAAGACACGUCAUGAAGGAAGCUGAAUGUUACCCGGCCCUCUUAUAUUUCCACUCGAUUCAAAUGUCACCAUUUGAGUGUCUUGUUUGAGAAAUCAAAGCGAAAUCAGGCUGGUGCGGGGAUCUGCACUGAAUUGUUUCUCCAAAUUAAGAUUCAUGUAAUGCAAAAUGUCUGACCUUCAGUGCGUUAGGCAUAGAGAUAUCAACAUGCAGUCAAUCUUUUAAAUGUGGACACUUGCACAGCCUACUGUUCUAGCAUGCAUUCCACUGCAUUUCAUAGAUUCCAAACCUGGUAUUACAACUUGUACAGAUGUUGAUAUGAAAAAGGAAAAGUGAGGUCCAUAAUUUUUACGUCUGGCACUCUUUUUGCGAGAUGAUAUCCUGUAUCUGUAAAGUUUAACUGAGGUGGUUCUUUGGCCCACUCAUCAAUAAAGACUCUACUUUUGAUGCA